AUGGACCCAACAACACCAAGACAAUUCGAUAACGUUUACUACAAAAACUUGCGACAAGGCAAAGGAUUGUUCACGUCUGAUCACGAUUUGUUCACCCAUCGUAGGUCAAAGCCAACCGUUGACUUAUGGGCUAGUAAUGAACAAUUGUUUAAUCAAGCUUUUGGUAAUUCCAUGAUCACGCUUGGUCGUGUUGGCCGUAAUGGUUUCGGGCUGGAGGGAUUCGGGUCUAAGAGUCAGAUCUCGGUUUUCGCUAAGUCUUGUUCGGCUAUGAUUUCGAAUCCAAAGGUUUGCGAUUUGUCGGAGCUUAGGGUAAAGGGUGGUCUCGAAUUUGGCCUGUUGUUCGGCAGUUUAGGUCUUUGCGUUUCAUCUUAG